AUGCCGCGCGCCUUUCUCCUGUGCAAUCAAAGAUACAAACCCAAGUGGCGAUUGGCGCUUCGUCAUGCGGUCGAAGAAUUGGAGGCCGAGCGUGAAGUGCCGCAAGGGGAACUCUGGGCUCAGUCCGAAGAUGACAUGGAUCUCACGGAAGCUAAAAGAACACUUGCAGAACUCGUCCCAGUGGCCAUGAGUCCCCGGAGUGAAUCGAGUGACUGUGUUGUGCCGCAGUUGACUACCUUGAACGAGAGUCCGAGUGGCUCGAUGAUGGAGGCCUUGCUGACUCAGGUUGAAGAAAACGACAAUUGCUUUGAGUGCAAAACAUGCGACGAAGGUUUCGAUCCCGAGGAAAAACUCGAAGGCCAUAAGGACAUCAAACAAGCAACCUGCAAAAAAUCUCGUCGCUGUCCACAUUGUGAUAAGGAAUACGUAUCUCUUCCCGCGUUGUCGAUGCAUAUAAGAACUCACGGAGCCGGUUGCCAGUGCCCCUAUUGCGGGAAGCGCUUUUCCCGACCUUGGCUGCUCCAGGGUCACAUCAGAACCCAUACAGGCGAGAAGCCGUUCACCUGCCCUCAAUGUCGCAAGGCCUUCGCAGACAAAUCCAAUCUGAGAGCUCACAUUCAGACGCAUUCGCAGACGAAGCCUUUCGUGUGUCCCCGGUGCAACAAAGCGUUCGCCUUGAAAAGUUAUCUCUAUAAGCACGAAGAGAGCUCGUGCCUCAAGAAGUGA